UCCGCUGUCACCCAACGAUGUCAAAGAUGCAGAUGUGGCUCUUGUUGGCAACGGCCAGUUGUGUGAUUGCUCUAUCGACUGCCCGACAAGCUCCUAUCCGCAAUCCAAAUGAAUCCAACAGAAACAGCGGUUACAACAAUGACUACAACAGACCCUCCAACAACCGGCCCAAUUAUAACCGGCCCACCUAUAACAAUAACAACUAUCAGAGGCCUUCUGUUCCAAUGGAGUUGCACUUUAAUUUCACAUUGCCCGAAAAUGGACUGCCAGCUAUCAAAUUGAAUGUGGGCGCGGUGUCGCAGUACUUGGACGAAAUGUAUAAGAAGAUUUCCACCAUGAACAGUUCGUCUGUUCCUUCGAAAAUCAAGAAAACUCUACUCGUCAAAAUCAAGAACCCCAACAAACCAGUUAGACCCAUUCCGGCCGAAGUCUUUGCCGCCGGUUUGCCAAGAGGAGCCUUGAUUCCGGGUGAUGUCGUCAAGCCGUGCCGCAAGUUCAUCAUCUCCACCUGUAACAUCCUGUGCACGGUGCAGCAGACCAGCUGCCGUUCCAUUUGCGAUGGCCGAGUCGACUGUCUCGCAGGCUGUGAAACGAGUCUUAGAACUUGCGCCAGCUUCUGCGAUUCGACUUUCAGUCAGAUGGAUGCCAAAUUGGCAGAGGCUGCAAACGCCCUCAUGGACAAAAUUGAACAAAUUGAUAGCGUAGCACAAAUCUCGAGUAAAGUACCACUGAUCGAUGAAUUCCAAAAUGAAAUUCCAAACUUCAAGUUUUACUUGCCCAAGUGUCUUCAAAAUUGUGGCUCCAACGCAACUUGCACCAAUCAAUGUCAUUAUAUCUGUCACAGCGUAUUGGAAAAGCCCGUUGCACAGUACGCUCAGACUCAGUAUUCACCGGUUAUUUAUGCACGUCCUAACGUUCCUGCUCUUCCAAGUGGAUACCCAGUUGGUUCAGGAAUAAGAGAAGGUGAUGGUUCCGAUGUCAACGAUGAGCUGCUGAAAGAUGAUGACAAAGAAAAUGACAAACGCUAAUUUUUUCGUCCAAACUUUUAUUAAAUUAAUUUGUAUUGAUUUCGCGCUUUCGUGUAUUAUUUGUGCUGUUU